AUGCUAUAUGCCGACGAUGCCGGCGUUGUGUCGAAGUCCGCCGACGGCCUGGCGAGGAUGAUGACCAUUAUCGUGGAGGUGUUCCGGGAGUUCGGGCUGACGGUGUCGGAGAGGAAGACGGAGACCCUGGUGAUGCGGGUGAAGGAGAGACAGCGACCGCCGCCGCCGCCACCGCCGGUGCUGACCAUCGAAGCAGCGGGGCAAAGGUACGCACAGACGACCGAGUUCCGAUACCUGGGCGGCCUCGUCAACGAGCAGGGCGACCUUACCCGAGAGAUCAACCACAGGAGCAAAGCAGCGUGGGCGUGCAUUAAGCGAUACGCCACGGAGCUCUUCGACCGACCGGGAGCACCGUUUCGCCUCAAAGCCCGCCUGCUCCAGGCGGAGGCAGUGGAGGCACUGCUAUACGGCUGCAUGACAUGGUCCCCACGCCGCAACCACUACGGAAUGCUGCAGACGACACACCACCGGCUACUCCUGCGAGUCAUCGGCUACCGGCGCAAACGAGGCACCUACCGGCAGCUGUCAUACGCCCAGGCGCUAAAGAGGGUCGGCUGCCAGAGCGUGGAGGCCACUGUCCGUCAACGGCGCCUGCUCUUUGCGGGGGCCGUGGCAAGACAGCCGGACGGGCGGCUUCCGAAACGGCUGAUGUUCGGCGAGUUGGUGGGAGGGGAGGACCCGGGCCAGGGAAACCCGGAGCAGAACUGGCUGACAUGCCUGAAGGACGACAUGAAGAUGUUCGAAGCCAGGUACGGCUCCACGACCGACAAGCCGAGCGUCUUCGGAGUCCCGAAGUUAGUCUGGAGUGAGGCGGCGAAGGUGGAGGGGGGGGUACCGUGGCACGCGGGGGUGCUACAGGGAGCUGAGAGGUUCAUGGCCUCUUGGCACAAGGGCAAGGAGGAGGCCAGCCGACAACGAGCCAUCAAACGAGGAGACAGCGGGCCCAAAAAUAGUCUAGAUACGGCACCAAUCAACGGGGCGGUAGGGGGGCGGAAGGAAACGGCGCGGCGGGAAGAAAGCAAGCGAGAAGAGACCGACCGCGUGACGUGACAUGUUGCGGUCGAAUUUCAACGACUAAUUUUUCUGUUGCCCUCUCCCCCGUUUGCUGUCGCGUUCAGACUGUCUCUAGGGAUAUCCCUGUCUCUGUGCGAGUUUGUUUGUGUCCUCGUCUUUGCUUUAUUCUGUUUUAUUUUGUCUUUUGUUUUGUUUUUUACUGGCACGUACCCCCGCCCCUUCCUUUGGCCGUCGACCUGCCUCCAUGUAGUGGGAGGCUACCCCCCCAGGCUGGUGGUGCGGCCGUUCCACUAGUCUAAUUAUUUAUUUAAUUCUAUUUUAUUUGUUUCUGAUUAUAUUUUGUUUUCUUGUAUUUUAUCGCUCUGCUGACCCUUGGGGUCCAUUUUAUUUUGGUAUACCUUUUCUAGGUACGUUAGCCUGUGACCACGGAAAUUGGCCGAGUCAAGUGAUGGAUUAGUACGGAGAGAUUGAGACAGAAGGAGGUACUGGAUAGAGAGACCGGGAUGGUUUUUAAUGUGAAGACAACAACAACAACAAGUGUCAUGAGAUUUUUUUUGGUCUUCACUUCAAAUCAGCGCUCACGGCACUAGUGUCGUUUACUCCAACCCGUGGUCACACAGAAGAGCCCCUCUCUACCCUCCCCUCCUGCGGUACUUUGCCUUCGAUUUUUAAUGCGAGAAGAGUUCAGCACUCUCUUCCCUCUGUACACACGAACAAGCGCUAUCCACUAGGCCAGGAGCAGAAGCGAGAGAAAAACUCACUUUGCAAGAAAAGCUCGCUUACGCCGGGAUUCGAACCCCUGACCUGACCUCUAGAAGGUUUCGAGAU